UUACCGGGCCGUGUCUGGGAAGUGUUGCUUGGGCAUCUCACUUUCUGCGCCCUGAUCAAUCGGAGCAUGAUGAGUGUGUUCAGAAGCAUCUACGCCUUCAUAGGUAAGUACUAUGCCACUCCCAUGCCAUUGUGGGACACAGCGAGGCAGGAGAUGCUGGCCGCGGCCUCCCUGCUCUUCUUGAUGGAUGCCUCUUGGUCGUUGCCCUGGGCCCCAAAUGUCGUGGCCACGGACGCGUCGGAGGAGGGGUUCGGGGCCACCAUCUCUACCUGGGACCCCCGGGACGUCGCGACGGUGGGGGGGAUCAUGGAGAAGGGCCGCUUUCGGAGGCUUCCUGGAGUGUCGGCCCGGUCGCGCUUCUUCGGGACCUUAGAGGAUCUGGAGUCCGAUCUGGGGGACGACGACCUCGACCGACCAUAUGACGUCGACACGGGGUUCCCUGAGGUCCCUCACAGGCUGCUUUCGGAGGCCCGCUGGAGUACCCUACUGGCUGGCCCUUGGAGGUACUUUGACGAGGGCAUCUUUACCCUGGAAGCUAGGGCCCUGGUGCUAGGUUUUCAGGCCCUGGUGAGCGAGUACCAGGUCAGGAACGCCCGCUUGCUCUUCUUGGUUGACAACAUGGGGUUGAACAUGUUGGCUCACACGCUGAUCUUGGCUCUGUUCGCGAUCCCCCUGCUCUUCACGGACCGCCCGAAUGUGACGCUGAACCCGCCGGCUCCAGUCCUGGCGACGGAGCCCAACGUCUCUGACAACGCCGACGGCGAGGCCCCGCGCUUCCCGACCAUCCAGGCUGCCGAGGCGGGCGAGCCGGCGGUGCGGCCGCGUCGAGGUCCUGGUGGCGCACCUGGCCGGUUGCUCCGCCGCCCGGACUUCCGCUUCCUGAAGGACGCAGACUGCAAGGGCCGCGGGGGACUGCAGCAUGUCGGGAGCCUGACGCCGCCCCGGCUGAGCGGCUACAUGACAACGCCAGCGGCGCCGCGGUCGCGGGCACGGCAUCGGGGCACCUCGUGCGGCGGCCCCUCUGCCUCAUGGACCUGCUCGGGCUUCACACCAGCGAGCCGGGCCCGCCGUGUGUUCGUGCUGAACAUGGGCAUCUACAAGCACAAGGCCAGGGUCUUCAAUUUCUUCUUCAACAGCUACCCGCGCCAGUUCAUGGCGUGGGACACUUCACGGCGGCGCCUCCAUCCGCUGUUUCUGGGAAAGCUCUCCGACGCCGCCAUCGUCGCCGCCGGGAAGUAUUGCAUUUGGGCCAGGAUCAAGAGCAGGAAAAGGUGGAAGGCGGACCUACGCGCGCUAGUGCACUGCAGCACAAGCCUUGUCAAGCACACCUCCGAGCAGCAGCUGAUCGUCUCGUCGGCGUCUCACGGGUGCAAGCGGGAGCUCCCUCCCGGGCCCCCUUUGUGCGACCAGAUCGACCCCUCGGCCAGCGGACUGCCCGACAUCCUGAGCUCGGCCCCAAAGAAUCGACGCCUUACCUCGCUGACCUUUUUGGGGGUACAGGCGGAGUGGGUCGCGCAGCAGGUAGAUGCGGUAUCCGGGCCAGGCUGUGGGACAAGUCGGUUUCAGACGCCUUGGAUCUGA